GCUGUCCGCUGGAGCGCGUAUGCUUUUGCUGCACCUCAGAGACGGAGGGUUUUCAGGAGCAGUUUACCGGGCCGUUUGUGUUUAUAACUGACACCGUGGACAUACUAAAGAAUAGACGGUUAUAUGGACUGACGGACGCUUUGGCGCAUUUAUUGUGAGAUUGGCAUGCAGCAUCUUCAGGAGAGUACAGCGCACUGUGGCCAAUUCAUGAAUCUCAGCUAGAAGAAUGACUGGAGGAUGACGUCUCAAAGGAAAAUGCGGAUCAGCCAUGCCUUCUUUGCUGAUCUCCAUCAAGAGCCCUCAUUUUAUACUGCUGUCUGGGACUCUCCCUCAUCUCUUGGAUAGUUUCAAUUUGAACAAAUAUUAUAUAGCACGGAAAACCAUAUAAUUUAAGGACAAUAUCAUUUUGUGACGAGAAAGAUGAAAUUUCCUUUUAUCCAAAGUCCCAGUUAAAACUAAAACACAUACAUCAAGAACUCCAAAAAGGGGUAAAAUUUAAGAUGUGUACAGUACAGAUGAGGUUGCAUUAUGGCAGCUGAAUCUCCUAAACAGCUGCAUUCACGUAUUUGGUUCGGAGGAGAGUGAUAGUUGUACAAUGCAGCGAAACGGAGGCAUCGUUGGGAACGGUGGCCAGCCAUGGGUACUGAGGCGAGUACGGCUCACCUGGCUCAGUUUCAUGCUCUUCUUCAUCCUGGUCUUCUUCCCUCUCAUUGCACAUUACUACCUCACCACAAUAGAUGAAGCAGGAGGACCAGAUAAGCGAAUCUUUGGCCCAAGACCUGGAGGAGAGCUGUGUGAAGCGAAGCAUGUGCAAGAUCUUUGUCGUAUACGGGAAUCUGUCAGUGAAGAGCUACUUCAGCUUGAGGCAAAGCGUCAAGAGCUUAAUGGCGAGAUAGCCCGACUUAACCUACGCAUCGAGGCCUGCAAACGUAGUAUCGACAGUGCCAAACAGGACUUGCUACAACUCAAAAAUGUCAUCAGCCAGACUGAGCACUCUUACAAGGAACUUAUGGCACAAAACCAGCCAAAAUUGUCAUUGCCGGUUAGGCUUUUACCAGACAAGGAUGAUCCUGGUUAUCCUCCUCCAAAGUCACCCCAAAGCUGUAGAUUGCAUUCUUGUUUUGAUUACGCUAGAUGUCCCCUUACAUCGGGCUUCCCUGUCUAUGUUUAUGACACAGGAUCAUACCCUUGGGGUGAAAAGUUGGACCCUCUUGUCAAACAAGCUUUUGCAUCAUCCGUCAAAAGCAGUGUAUAUGUGACCGAUAAUCCAAACAUUGCUUGUCUGUACAUAGCUCUUGUUGGGGAAAUACAAGAAUCACCCUCCUCUCCGCUUGCUUCACCUUCAGACCUUGAAAAACAGCUCAAGGCUUUGCCGUAUUGGAGGUCGGAUGGUCACAACCACCUGCUUGUACACCUUUCUAUAAAUUCUCUGACACAGAACUUCCUCUAUAAUGUGAGCACGGGACGAGCAGCAGUAGCACAGUCUACCUUUUUUGAACGACAGUAUAGAGAAGGUUUUGACUUGGUGGUGUCUCCACUAGUCCAUGCUCUGUCUGAGCCUAACUUCUUGGAGGUUCCUCCGCAAGUCCCAGUUAAGAGGAAGUACCUCUUUACCUUUCAGGGAGAAAAAGUUGAGUCUUUGAGAAGCAGUUUGCUUGAAGCCCCUCCACAAUCCUUUGAGGAGGAAAUGGAAGGGGAUCCACCAGCAGACUAUGAUGAUCGAAUCAUUGGCACACUUAAAGCUGUACAGGACAGUCACCUAGACCAGGUUCUUGUGGAGUUUACUUGCAAGAAUCAAGCCAAGCCAAGUUUACCAACAGAGUGGGCAUUGUGUGGCAAGCGUGAGGAUCGUUUAGAGGUACUGAAAGUCUCUACAUUUGCCUUGGUAAUAUCUCCAGGUGAUGGACAGCUGGUGGCAUCUGCUGGCUGUAGCAUGAGACUUUUUGAGGCUUUGGAAGUUGGGGCAAUACCUGUGGUACUUGGUGACCACUCAAAGUUACCCUACCAUCAUCUCAUACGCUGGAGUGAAGCAGUCAUAAUGGUGCCAAAACCCCGCAUUACGGAACUACACUUUCUGUUGCGUAGCAUCUCAGACAAUGAUCUUCUUGCUAUGCGGCGACAAGGACGGUUUCUUUGGGAAACAUAUUUCUCCACUUCAGAAAGCAUCUUCAAUACCAUUUUGGCUAGUGUACGUACCAGCAUCCAGAUCCCAGCAGCACCCAUACGUGAAGAACCUGCUCAGGAGAUUCCCCACAAAGCUGGAAAGUUGGCCGGGACCGAUGCUAACCUGGCCGACAAUGGUGACUUAGAUCUUGGGCCUGUUGAAGUAGAGCCCCCUUACGCUUCGCCCCGUUUCUUGCGUAACUUCACCUACACUGCUGCUGAUGUCUACCGCACAUGGAAUCGUGCACCUGGCCCUUUCCAUCUAUUCCCACACACUCCCCUGGACCCUGUACUUCCCUCAGAGGCCAAGUUUUUGGGGUCAGGAACUGGUUUUCGCCCAAUCGGUGGAGGUUCUGGUGGAUCUGGUAAAGAGUUCCAGGCCGCUCUUGGUGGUAACGUCCCACGGGAGCAGUUCACAGUGGUCAUGCUCACUUAUGAACGAGAGGAGGUUCUUAUGAACUCACUGGAGAGACUAAAUGGCCUUCCUUAUCUCAACAAAGUGGUAGUGGUGUGGAAUUCCCCCAAACCACCAUCAGAUGAUCUCCUUUGGCCAGAUAUUGGUCUGCCUAUUGUGGUGGUACGCACAGGGAAGAACAGCUUAAACAAUCGCUUCCUUCCCUGGGAUGCAAUCGAGACUGAGGCUAUUUUGUCUAUUGACGAUGAUGCCCAUCUUCGACAUGAUGAAAUCAUGUUUGGCUUCAGAGUGUGGAGGGAGGCGAGAGACCGGAUCGUGGGCUUUCCGGGAAGGUUUCACGCCUGGGAUUUAAAUCACCAAUCUUGGCUCUACAACUCCAACUACUCCUGCGAGCUCUCCAUGGUGCUGACGGGUGCGGCCUUCUUCCACAAGUAUUACGCGUAUCUCUAUUCCUACGUCAUGCCUCGAGCCAUCCGAGACAUGGUGGAUGAGUACAUCAACUGUGAGGAUAUCGCCAUGAACUUCCUGGUGUCGCAUAUCACUCGCAAACCCCCAAUCAAGGUGACGUCCCGUUGGACCUUCCGCUGUCCCGGCUGCCCACAGGCUCUAUCGCAUGACGAUUCGCACUUCCACGAGCGUCACAAGUGCAUCAACUUCUUCGUAAAAGUUUACGGAUACAUGCCGCUGUUAUACACUCAGUUCAGAGUGGACUCUGUACUCUUCAAGACUCGACUGCCCCACGACAAAACCAAAUGUUUUAAAUUCAUUUAGCGGGAGCGUGGGGACAUCCGGCGGACGUGGGACGAUCUCUCUCUCUGGGAGCGGGAAGGGAAUUAAAGCUUUCUUGUAAAUACUGGAGGAUUUUACUUUGAACUCGUCUUCCUUGAAGCCAAGGGAGAACUAUUAUGAAACGAACGAUUACCGUCAGGCGUUCUUGAACAUGCGUUAUUCAUCAGCAACCACUGCAGGCUUGAUUUGCACCACUUUUCAUGGGUCGCCUGAGACAAGGACGCUUUAAUGGACAUCCAACCGAUGUUAUACUGACGGAACGUGCAAAAUGAUGAACUAACGGAGGCUGUUUUUAAAGGACGUAUCUGAGAAUAACGGAGAAAAUUUUGUCAUCGCUCUAAAUGCUUUUAUUUUUUACUUUCUGUGCAUAUAUUCUCUGCUUUGACGCUC